AUACAUAAAGAGAACAGGAAAUACCUCUGACAUUGUUGUGAUUGACUAUCUAGAGGGCUCGGGUAAUUUUUGCCACAGAUUCAUUCUUUUGAUUUGAAAACUCUCUUUUUGAGCAUUUUUUUUAGGACUUGAACCAGUCAUCAAUCUACCCCCAACUCCAGGCUCCACCCUAACAUUUUCUCUCCAUGGUUUGGGUAAAUUCUCCUUGGUGUCUUCUUGGGCUCUUACUGGCAAUAGUUUACCCUUACUUCUCAUUCCCCACCACCCUUCUGAGCUAGGAUCAUCACUAAGAUGGGAAUUUCCUAGUCUCUCUUCUCCAUCUCUACUCUGAGCCUGGAGAUUAAGAGAGAUCAUUGUCACAUCAUCAUUGGUCAGCCAAUCAGGUGGGCAUUUCCCUCCAAUGACCUCUCUGUCCUAUAGAAGUUCUCAGGCAGCUUCAAUGGAAGGAGGGAGCUAAGAAGGUGGCCUAGAAUAAGUUCAAAGAUGAUCAUUACAACAUGGAUUUUGUACAUUCUCGCCCGGAAAGGUAUCGGGCUCCCCUUCCCACCAAGGAUGAGUUCGGAUGUUGAAGUUGUGGAAAGUGAGGCUGUAUCGGUAGUAGAGCACUGGUUGAAAAAGACAGAAGAGGAGGCUUCCCAGGACAUAAAGGAGAAGAUGUCCACCAACUCUUCUCCUACUCAUGGCCAAGACGUACAUGUGACCAGAGAUGUGGUGAAGCACCAACUUUCGAAGUCUGAUCUAUUAGCAAACCAGAGUCAAGAGGUACUGGAGGAGAGAACAAGGAUUCAGUUCAUAAGAUGGAGCCAUACCCGUGUCUUCCAAGUGCCAAGUGAGAUGAUGGAUGACGUCAUACAAAAUCGAAUAGAGCAAGUGAGACGAAGGCUUUCAGGGUCAAGGAGCAGCCUGUGUCAGAAGAAGGUCCACCUCCCACUUGACCUGAAGGGUGACCAGACCUGGGCAGAGAGACUCCAGUGGAGUCCUUGUGAGGAUGAAGUGAGAUAACCCCUGUGGAGUGUGCCGCAUACACCUGACAUUUGGUGAGCCUCAGCACAGAACGGCCACAAUGACUCAUGCCAGGAAGAGGGAAGUGCCAUCAGCGAGAGCACAGUGCUUUCUACAAAUGACAAGUGCUGGUUAUUGUUCCUCACAUCCACAAACUCUCUCCAAAGUCUAUUGCGAUGUGAGCUGGUGACCUAGUCACUCCGAAAAGAAAUACCCAGUCAUUGUUCCCUCUAGGAACUUAUACUGUAACAUGAAAGAUUGUAGAGAUCUGUAAAGAUAACGGGGAACCACAA